GUGUCCUUUAAUCACACAAUUGAAAGAGAGAAACAUAAACCACACAGAUGCAAAAGGAGUGGAAGUGACUAAGCCAAGACUUGGGGAGACUCAAACAAGAGAGAAUCAAGGACAUACACAGUCAUGGUACACAUCAGUUGGCUACUCCUAGGAGUGAACCCACAUGAGUAUAUGUGCAAAACCCACCACCUCCUCCAAGAACCCACAGGAUGGAUUUGCAAAGCAAGGAAAAGAAGAAACCACCCACAAGCAAGAAAAUGGAGAAUUAUGGCAAAGCUGUGACCUUUUCUUCGUCUGCUACUAGCAACUUGAACACCGGCAAGGCCAUAGCUCAGUACAAUGCUGAUGCGAAGCUAAUGGCUGAGUUUGAGCAGUCCAGGGAGUCGGGUAAGUCCUUCGACUACUCCAGGUCUGUUAUUCAUGCCCCACAGAAUGUGACUGAAGAAGAAAUGACUGCUUAUCUAUCAAGAAUCCAGAGGGGUGGGCUUAUCCAACCCUUUGGUUGUAUGCUUGCAAUUGAAGAACCCAGUUUCAAGAUUGUAGGGUUUAGUGAGAAUUGCUUUGAUUUGCUGGGUUUGAAGAGUGGUGUUGAGCCUCCGGAGCGGAUGAGUUUGAUUGGGAUUGAUGCUAGGACUCUUUUCACCCUUUCUUCAAGGGCUUCUUUGGCCAAGGCUGUGGCAUCUAGGGAAAUUUCUCUUUUGAACCCAAUUUGGGUACAUUCUAAGAUUAAUCAAAAGCCUUUUUAUGCUGUACUCCACAGGAUUGAUGUAGGGAUUGUGAUUGAUUUGGAACCUGCCAACUCUGCUGAUCCUGCACUGCUUCUUGCUGGGGCAGUGCAAUCACAGAAACUCGCGGUUCGGGCUAUUUCUAGGCUUCAGUCGCUCCCCGGGGGAGAUAUAGGGACAUUGUGUGACACAGUAGUGGAGGAUGUACAGAAGCUGACCGGGUACGAUAGGGUAAUGGUUUAUAAGUUCCAUGAUGACAGUCAUGGCGAGGUUGUGUCCGAAAUUAGGAGGUCAGACUUAGAGCCUUAUUUAGGAUUGCACUAUCCCGCAACAGAUAUCCCACAAGCCGCGCGUUUCUUGUUUAAACAGAACAGGGUUAGGAUGAUCUGUGAUUGCAAUGCACAACCCGUCAAGGUUUUGCAAUGCGAAGAACUAAAACAGCCUCUUUGCUUGGUGAAUUCGACUCUUAGAUCACCUCAUGGGUGCCAUACCAAGUAUAUGGCUAACAUGGGGUCUAUAGCCUCAUUGGUGAUGGCUGUUGUUAUUAAUAGUAGCGAGUCCAUGAAGCUAUGGGGAUUGGUAGUGUGCCACCAUACUUCUCCUCGCUACGUUCCUUUCCCUCUUCGCUACGCAUGUGAGUUCCUUAUGCAGGCGUUUAGUCUUCAGCUUUAUAUGGAGCUUCAAUUGGCCUCACAAUUGGCUGAAAAGAAAAUUCUCCAAACUCAAACCUUACUAUGUGACAUGCUUCUCCGAGAUGCUCCAUUUGGAAUUGUGACGCAAACUCCUAGUAUAAUGGAUCUCGUGAGGUGUGAUGGGGCUGCACUCUAUUAUAACGGGAAAUGUUGGUUGCUUGGUGUAACACCAACUGAGACACAAGUUAAAGAUAUUGCAGAGUGGUUGCUACAUAAUCACGGGGAUUCUACUGGUUUGAGUACGGAUUGUCUUUCGGAUGCUGGCUAUCCCGGAGCACCCUUAUUAGGUGAUGCAGUUUCUGGCAUGGCUACUGCAAGAAUCACAUCCAAGGAUUUUCUAUUCUGGUUUAGGUCUCACACUGCAAAGGAAGUUAAAUGGGGAGGGGCUAAGCAUCAUCCCGAGGAUAAAGAUGAUGGUGGAAGAAUGCACCCCCGAUCUUCAUUCAUUGCCUUUCUAGAAGUGGUGAAAAGCAGAAGUCUGCCUUGGGAGGAUUCGGAAAUUAAUGCUAUUCAUUCUUUACAGCUCAUAAUGAGAGAUUCUCUUCAAGGGAUUGGAGAGAACUAUAUGAAAAGCGUGUCAUCACCCCAACAGAAUGAUUCCGAUGGGGUAAGGUUCUAUGAACUUAGUUCAAUGGCGUUGGAACUGGUCAGGUUGGUCGAGACAGCAACAGUUCCUAUUUUUGGUGUUGAUUCAUCUGGCUUAAUCAAUGGAUGGAAUGCAAAGAUUGCAGAACUAACAGGAUUGCAAGCUAAUGUCGCAAUUGGAAAGUAUCUCAUUGAUGACGUUACUCAUGAAGAUUCACAUGAAACUUUCAAAGCUCUUAUGUGUCGAGCUUUACAAGGUGAGGAGGACAGAAAUGUCGAAGUAAAACUGCUAAAGUUCGGGAACCAUCCAACAAAGGAAGUUGUAUACCUUGUGGUUAAUGCCUGCACAAGUAGGGACUACAAAAACGAUAUUAUUGGGGUGUGCUUUGUGGGUCAAGACAUCACUCCUGAGAAAGCUGUCAUGGAUAAAUUUGUUCGCUUACAGGGAGAUUACGAGGCUAUUAUACAAAGUCUUAAUCCACUAAUCCCGCCAAUAUUUGCUUCCGAUGAGAACGCCUGCUGCUCUGAAUGGAAUGCGGCUAUGGAGCGGUUAACCGGUUUGGUGAAAUGCGAGGUUAUAGGGAAGAGACUUCCGGGUGAAAUUUUCGGUGGCUUGUGUCGGCUUAAGGGUCAAGACGCGCUUACCAAAUUUAUGAUUCUCUUGUACCAAGGGAUAAGUGGUCAUGAUACCGAAAAGCUCUCAUUUGGGUUUUUUGAUAGGAAGGGGAACUUUAUAGACGUGUUUAUAACCGCAAAUAAGAGAACUGAUGAGCGUGGGAAUAUAAUUGGAUGUUUCUGCUUCUUGCAAACCAUGGCGGUUGACCACCCGCAGAUAUCUGCAAGAGAUAUAGAAGAUGAUAGAGAAUGUCUGUCGACUCUUAAAGAGUUCGCUUACAUCCAACAGCAGAUGAAAAAUCCCUUGAAUGGAAUUCGUUUCACCCACAAGCUCCUUGAAGGUACCGUUACUUCAGAUCAUCAGAAACAGUUUCUCGAGACAAGUGAAGCCUGUGAAAAACAGAUACUCUCUAUAAUCGAGAAUAUGGAUAGUGGAGGCAUCGUGGAUGGCAACAGAGUGGAGCUAAAGACGGAAGAGUUUGUUAUAGGAAAUGUGAUAGAUGCAGUUGUUAGUCAAGUUAUGAUCCCGCUGAAGGAGAAGAAUUUACAGCUACUUCAUGAUAUUCCGGACCAGAUCAAAUCUCUCCCUAUAUACGGGGAUCAAAUUAAGCUUCAGCUUGUCCUAUCGGAUUUCUUGCUCAGCAUAGUGCGCCACGCACCUUCUCCAGAUGGUUGGGUGGAAAUCAGGGUAUCCCCGGGGUUGAAGCUGAUUCAAGACGGGAAUGAGUUUAUCCAUAUCCAGUUCAGAAUGACUCAUCCCGGGCAAGGCCUCCCUUCUGCUCUUAUCGAAGACAUGGUAAGAGGAGGAACUCGAUGGACAACACAAGAAGGAGUUGUCUUACAUUUGUCACAGAAACUAGUUAGAAUGAUGAAUGGUCAUGUCCAUUACGUGAGAGAACAACAAAAGUGCUACUUCCUAAUCGACCUUGAUUUCAAAACGCAAAAACCAAGGUCACGGGAGUCAAGUAUGGAUACGAAGGCAGAAUAACCUGAUUCUAUCUCGAGAUAAUUUUUUCCUCGAUCUCCAUUGAGUCAGGUACACAAUUUUAAAAACACAUCUAUUAUGUGAUUCUGUCACUUGCUUCCCUAUUGUCUUUUCCCAAUAUCCAUCUUUGGGUGAUUGGUUCUUAUUUAAGAUCAGCUAAACUGACAUUUGAGAAAGUAAAUUGCUGCGAUGAAUGAUAUGUAUGUAUGUAUGUAUGUAUAAUUCCACACUA